AGGGAGUUGGUUGGCCUGCGCAGUUCAAAUGGACCGCACGUGAAAAGAAUUUUUGCACCUCUAAACAGGAUAUAUUGUGGUCCGAAAAUAAAAUCCCGAGAAAGACUGUCGUGCGUAAGGUAGGGUGAUGUCGGGACGCGAGUCAUCAGGGGAUCUGGUGCCCCCGGACAUGAUGGAGGUUUUUGGCAAGGGGCGGCAUACGGGGAAGGGGAAGAAGAUGAAGAGGAGAGGGGGCUCCCUGAGACGAGCCUUUAGCUGGUUUAAAAGCCGUCGUAGGAAGAGCACCAGACCCAGGGCCCUCAGCCAUGAUGUGCUCGCCAUUGGCAGCCCCGUCAUCAUUCAGCCCAGUCCCAACCCAGCCCCUAAGGAAGAAGAUGUGGGUUCCUCUCCCUCUCAACACUUCCAGGAGAAUGUGUUUGCUGAGAGCAGUCGCCCAAAAUAUGUGGAGGACAUUCUCACCCAGGCCCAGGAGGGGCUUAAGCUUAUGCAGCAAGAGGAAAGCAAGAACUGGGUAGACUACAUGGAUGACCAAAGUAUCAUAUCAACAGGGACAUCUCGGACAGAGACUGAUGGCAGGCUCAGUGAACGCCUUGAGUCACCGGAGUCUGAGAGUGCUGCCAUUGACACUGUUUCCACAGUCUCAACCAGGUCUACGGUGUCCUCAUUGUCCACGCGCUCUGGGCUCACUCGUCAAGGCUCUACAUUCACACCUCUGAAUCAGGGAAAGAAGCAGGAGGUGGGAAGGAGCAGGAGGAGACACAGGAGGAGCACAGUCAUGGGGAUACCACGCCAUGUCCAGCAAGAACUAGGCUUAGAUAGAGCAGCUUGGACAUCGUGCAAAGCUGGUGAUGAACAGAUGCCUAAUGGAGGGACUACGAACAUGCCACCCAUCACAUCUACUCCUCUUGACCAGGGCAGCAUGCAACCAUUGCGCAAAGAGGUCAUUCAACCUGUUCAGGAGACAGAGUUGCCGCUCCCCCCACUAGUUGGACACAAGGAUGACAUGGCACUCCUCCAGCAUGUCAUCCCUGAAACUUCACAGAUGCUGAGGCCUCAAUCCCUAGCUGUACCCUGGAUGACCACAGCCAACAGCCUUCAGGAACAUCCUCCCAGCCCAGUUAUGUACAUCUCACCUCAGGCCCCAUACCUCUCAAAGAUUAUCCCCAACGCUGUGCUGCCUGCCUCUGUGGAUGUUGUUGAGCUCAGCCGUAACCGUAGCCGCAGCAGUGUUCGCACUGUCAGUAAAAGCAGCCUGGUGUCCGCCAGUCCAGCAUCUACCCGUGCCUCAUCCAGAGCCUCCAGCCGCAUUUCUUCACGUGCCUCCUCCCGAUACACUGGGGGUCUCACGGACAGCUCAGGCAGGAGCCGUUCUGACUCUUCAGAGACACUAGUCUCAGAUUCUUCCACCAUAUCCAGCAGCAGCACGCCACAUGUUGCAAGCAGUCAAGAGGAGGAAAUGGCAGACAGAUCCCAGUCUGGUUGUCUGAGACAUACUGGUACCCAUAAAUCCAAUACUGUUUCAAAUGCGGCUACUUUAAAUGGUCAGGCCAAUGGUAGUACUACAGUUGAGGAUAAUAGUCGGAAAUCAGGCUCUGCGGGCCCUUUCAUGCGCAGUUUGUCAGUGAUGAAGAAGAAAAAGCGCCCCCCAGCUCCUCCUGGUCGCUCUUACUCUCUGCACAAGGACAAAUUAAAGAGGCGGUCACAGGAUCUUACAGACUCGCCUGACAGCAGCAGGACCAAUAUCAAAAAAGAUGAAAGUAUCAGAGAUCAGUCCAGAACUCUUGCCUAUAUGGCUGGUGUCAGCUCACUGGACAAAUCAUCAAGCUCUGGUACUGUUAGCUUGCCAAAUGCUACCACCCAAAAUGGAGCACAAGAUGGGGAACAGCAUAUCCCAACAUACUCCCCCUCACAGAAAAGGCCCUCUCAGGGGAGCAAUCUGAACAGAGUCAUCACACCUUCUACUGGUUACCCUAGCCCAAAUGGCACCCCAACACUCCAUUCUAAACAGAUCCAUCCUGGUAGUACAGACCAUCAAAGAGCAAUGUUAGCAGAAUUUCAGAAGAGAAAUCUUCACAUGCCUUCUACAGUCCUGGCAGGUCAGUCAAAGGGCAGUCAGAACAGUUAUCCAGUUGUGCUUCAGGCCUCCCCUCCAUCAGCCUCCAACACUUGUGAGUCCUCCAAAGGUGUUACUCCCCCUUCUGCUGUUACAGGUCUCCGAGCAUUGUUUGACAUUCCGCCACGUCCAAAAGUACUCGCUCCACCAGCUCCCCCUCCAGAGACUUGGGCACAUAACCCACGGACUUUUGAGCUACUCUGUGGGCCUGGGCCUGUCAACUAUCAGUCUUGGGCUAAGAAGAGAGGUCUUUUAACAGAGCAAGAGCAUACACAGCCCGUGAUCCCUGCUGAGUCCGCUGAACAAAAGCACAAGGCUGUUUCCUCGGCCACAGAUAACAUAUGUCCAGCUGACCCGCAAAAGCAUAUCCAAUCCCAAACAAUGACACAGUUGAAUAUUUAUCUCCAUCAAAAAGCUCAGACUUCUUCACAUUCCCAGCAGGAGGAUUCAUCUGUGACUUUAAAGAGGAGUAGUCCCCUCCUUGUACAUCAUCCACCCAUGCGCACUGUCAAUCAGAGCACACCACCAUCUGAGGCUGUCUCAUCCAUCAUCUCUGCUUCAGACUGCAUGUCGAAUGAGUUCAUACUGCCCCCCUCUCCCCCACUUCCUCCCCCUCCUCCUCCUUCUUUGGGGAUCCUAUCUGAGACCUCUAUAGUGGGGCAAGAUGAACCGGACUUUCCCCCUCCACCACCCCCCUUUUCUCCUCCAUCUUCUGUGAUGACCCUUCCAUUACCAAAAGGAAUACCGCCUCCACCACAAGGAAUGCCACCUCCACCACCAGAACUCAAACCCAUUCCAAAAGAACCACCGGCCCCCAUAGAGGUAGUUGCACUACCACCUCCACAUGCACCACCACCUGCACAUCCACCACCACCUGCACAUCCACCACCACCUCCACAUGCACCACCGCCUCCACAUGUGCCACCAGCUCCACCAGCGGAGGUGCCACCCACUCAACAAAGUGCACCUCCUCCGCUUGUCUCUCCUGCCCUGCCAGUUAAUGUUCCUCCUGCACCCCCUCUUCCUUCAGAUAUCAAAAAAACACCCAGCCCAGUAACAUUAGAAAAUCAGAGUAAAGAGAAAACAUCUCAGAGCAACAACACUCUUCCAACCAAAGUGGAAAGUUCUGCUCCUGUAGUAACUCAGUCGCUUUUACAGAUGGUUCGUCUAAGAUCAGUUAAGUCCAAUAACAACCAAGCAGAAGCUUCCAGUGGGUCUAUCAAACCUGAAGAGCAGAAUUUUUCUACCAGUCAGGAGGCACCUCAGAAACCAGUUAGAAGAUCUCUGAUUAUGACUGCUCCCAUUACUGAUGAGACAGUCCCACCAAUCACUGAGCAAAAGUCUCAGCAAAUCAGUGGCAUGCAAGACAACCAACCAACCACCACUGAAUCACAGGUUCUACUGAGCACCACCCCAUCAAAAACCCAACCCAGCACUGCUGAAACAAAAAUCGAAUCCAACACAAUCCAGUGUCAAUCUGAUUCAGCAAAAUUUGAGAGUGCUCUACCAGUGACCCAGUCUGAUUCCACUAUGCUGGAGUCCCAACCCAACAUUAAUCAAUCAAUGACAGAGAACAACACAACUGAACAACAGGUCAAGUCUGACACCAUUGAAGAAAAGACUAAACCUGAAGAUGCAUUGCCAAAGACCCAUCCUGACCCCACUGAUAUAAAAACUCAGCCAGGCACCAUCAUAUCAAAGACAGUGUCCAAAACCAACGAGACCGAAUCUGACAACACUGAAACACAUCCCCAGUCUGAAACUAAUGAACCAAAGACUCAACCUGACGCCAUGCUCCCAAAGAGUCAAUCUGAAAUCACUAAAACAGAGGCCCAGCCUGUCACUACUUUACCAAAGACUGAACUGAACACCACUCUGCCAAUUUUACACCAAGAUGAUCCAGAUAAAAAACCCAAUCUCACUGAUUCUCUGACCCAACUUGUCACCUCCUCACCAAACACUCCACCUGUUUAUACUUCACCAGACACCCAACAUGAAUCCACUAAAACUGAGAUCCAACUCAUUAACUCAAGGACUGAGGGCAGCACCAAUGAACCACUGUCCGGCAUGUCUGAGUCCGGGCCUCAACCAGUCAGCACCCAGCCAAUGCCUCAGUCUCCUACAAGCAUGCUAAAGACACCGUCACAAACCCCUUCCUUUCCCCCUUUCUCUCCUUCCCAAAAAUCUCCUACAGUCAUAACCCCCUCUAUGCGACUACAGGAGGCUAUUCGCCUGAAAACAGCUGCCAUGUCUGCUAAAGAUGCUUCUGCAAAAGGCAUAAACCUGAAGUCAUCUCCACCACAUGCAGGGGGCAGCAAUCCCACCUCUCCUACUUCCACUGCCAACUUUAUCUUCUCAAAGAGUGCAAAGAAGGUUGUCAUAGAAACGCCCUCAUCCCCAGAAGCCCAAGCAGACCUCAGAAAAAAUUUAGCAUCUGAGUUAGCAUCACUGUCUAUUCCAGCUACAUCAUCUGAAUCACAGAGAAAGAUGGUCAAGGUUCCACCACCUGUUGCAAAGAAACCUAAGAACAAAACUGAAAGUGUCCAACCAAACCCCACACCACCCAAUGAGGCAAGUGUAGAACAUGAGCAUGUGCAAACUGCAGGACAGCCAGCACAGUCAGAGAUCAAACAGGGUGGUGCUGACACGACAAAUGGGACAGUUUCUGCUGAAGGGUCACCACCAUCUACAUGAACUAAAUAAGGUCUUUCGUUGAAACUUUCAGAGACCUAAUUUCCUUUUACACUGAUGUGCUAGUAGGCACCAGUCAAUACUGUAAUGUGUUGUAUUCAAAGGAGACAAAGAAAGAGAAGGUAAGACAGAAUAAGGGUAAGAUUAUGAAGGGUAAGGACUGAAUAAUGAGUAUGAAAAGAAGAAAGUAGGGGUGAUAAGAAAGAGAUAGUGCAGCAGUGA